AUGGAUGCCACUCUAUACGUGGCCAACACUGCUCUCAACACCGUGAUCAUCGUUAUAGAUGUAGCCGUCAUAUUUAUGGCCAUCAAAACGAAGGAAAUCGCUGAAAAGCUUAUUCUGUGGACAAUUUUUCUAUGUAUGAGCCUGGACAUUGUUGUGUAUUGCAACACAAUAAUUCACGAUGUCCCGAGUUUUUUCAUGGAUAAAGACCUUUUCAAAACCCCACAGCAAGCCUACCUUUCGACCCUCUUCAUCGUUGUGCAAUGGUAUUGUCAACUGUUCGCCUUAUUGGUGCUCUCUGUCCUUCAUUUCAUAGCCGCUUUUUUCCCAGCGAAUUUUCGUGCAAUUUCGUCACGACACAUGCAUAUGAUCAACCUUUUUGUCGUCCUUAUUAGUAUCCUACUCUCAGUGCCGAUGUAUACAUCAUGCUGUGGUUAUUCCUAUGUUGUUCAAAGUCACAAUUGGUUUUUUGACAUGAGCAAACCGUACUCACACAUAUGGUGGAUUUGGAACCUGACAAUCUGCGCACUUGUGGUGGCUGGCGUCGACAUAGCCAUUAUUUGGAAGAUUCGUGUGCUUCGAAUUGCUGUGAGGAAAGAACACAUGGUUUCUUCUCUUCCCACUGCUGAUACAGUGAUGGGAACGAGAGCUCACAGUGAAAAACGUAUCAAUCGUGAGAAAAGUCUGGCCGUCAACUUCCUAUUUCUAAGUGCAUGUUUCCUCAUUAUGACCAUUGCCUACAACCUUCCAUUCCGUCAAGAAACCUGGUACGAUUUUCUUAUCAAGUUGACGAGUAAUCUGAACCUCUCGAAAUGGGCAAUCUACACACUGGAAAAUGCAAAAAUACGCCAAGGAUUGCUGCAUCUUUGCGGAUGUCGCCAAGUCGAGCCGUUGACGACGUUAUCCGUUGUGAACAUUUCACCAACGCGGCGAAUCCUUCUGUAA